AUGCGACCAGAUGGACCCCGAGACCCCGUCGUGGGCCCCGACAGUGGCCCCGAACCCCCAUACCCGGUGCGCCUGUCAGGCCCGGUGAUCAAGGGCUUCGGACGCGGAAGUAAAGAACUGGGCAUCCCGACGGCCAAUAUCCCCGCCGAGGAGUUGGCGGAGCACCCCGACCUGCAGGUUGGGGUGUACUACGGCGUCGUGGCCCUGGACCCGGCCAAGUUCCAGUAUCACGGGGAUGCAAGCCGCAAAGGGGAGGACAGCCAAGCGGCGAUUCUGCCCGCCGUGCUGAGUAUCGGGUAUAACCCGUUCUAUAAGAACAAGACUCGUUCGAUUGAAAUCCACAUCAUGCCACCGCUCUCGUCGCCGUCGCCUACCGCCGAAGUAACAACCCAGGGCCAGGGACACGGCCAGGUCAAGUUCCACAAGUUGCCUGACUUCUACGGGACGCAGCUCAAGUUGCUGAUUCUGGGGUAUAUUCGGCCCGAGUUUGAUUAUGUCUCGCUGGAGGCGUUGGUGGAGGACAUCCGGGUGGACUGCGAGGUUGCGCGGGCGAGUUUGCAGCGGCCGGCGUACGAGCGUUACCUUGCAGGGGGGCAGGGCUUGGAUGCUGUGGAAAAGCAACGGAGGUGGUUGGUGAGUUUCUGA